AUGAAUUCUGGGAAGAUAUUAAAAAAUACAUAUUAUUCACCUUUUAAAUCUAGAUGUUUGAGCAAUGUAAAUAAUAAUUUAUUAAAUCAAUCAUAUAACUUACAUUAUUUUUUGUUAAGUUCUGACAAUCCAUGUAAUAAUAAUGAAAUACAUUUGAUAGAAUACAAUGAUGAAAGUCUCAAUAUUGAAAAUGUAAAUAUAUUUACACAUCACGGAGAAAUUAGUAAUAUGGUUUGCUUAGGGAUGCAAGAAAAAGAAAAUGACAAAAAACAUAUUCUCGUUUGUUCUUCUGGGUUAUACUAUUCAAACGAUAAUAAUUGCAGUGGAAAUGACAUUCAGAAUGUAUGUUCAUUAUGGUUAGGAGAUUUAAAUAAUUUUAGAGAGAAUGACUCAAAUGAAACCAAUGAAUUAGAAGAUGUAAAAAAAAUAGAGAACGAAAUAAAAAACGAAUGUAUUGAAGAACAUUGUAGCGAUAAAUUAGAUGAUAAUUCUUUUUCAUAUGAUCAUAUGCAAGAAAAGAUUGACAACAAAAGUACUGAAGCACAAACAAAUAGUGAAAAUAUUAUAAAUAGUAAUAAAAAAUGUAUCCCUGAUUUAAAUAAAAAGGGAAAAUUAGAAAAAUUAUGUGAAUUAAAAAGAGAUGAGCAAUAUGUAGGAAUUAAAAAUAUAGCAUGGAAUGAUUAUGAAAAUGAAUUUCAAAAAAUAGCAAUUAUAGACAAAUAUAGUUACACAAUCUUUGAUAGAAAUAAUAGUAAUAAUAUAAAUUUUAUUACAUCAAAAUUUGUUAAUGAACAAUUAAAUUACGGAAUAUUUGAUCCUCAUCAUGAAAAUGUAUUAGCAGUUGCAAGUGAUAUACAUAUAUAUGGGUAUGAUAUAAAAAGUAAUAAACCAAUUUUUUCUACAUAUACUAAUCAUAAAGCUAACAUAACUUCUCUCGAUUUUAAUUCGAAUAUACCUAAUAUUCUUAUGACAUCAUCUAAAGAUGGUUAUAUAAAAAUGUGGGAUUUAAGAUAUCUAAAAAAUGAUUUUUUUACUAUGAAUAUACAUACACAUUGGAUUACUUCUAUCAAUAUUAAUCACUUUCAUGAUGAGUUAUUAUUUACAACAAGUACUGAUAAUACAGUUAAAUUACACAAAUUAGAAUAUACUAACAAUUUAAAUAUAAAAGAUAAACAAGUAAAUUAUCGAUUAAUAAAAACAUAUUCAGAUCAUGAAGAAUCAGUUUAUAAAGGUGCAUGGAGUAAAACAGAUGCUUGGGUAUUCGCUUCUCUCUCUUAUGAUGGAAGAUGUGUCAUAAAUACCGUCCCAACGGAAGAGAAAUAUAAAAUACUUCUCUAA